GGUCCUGUGAUGCGGCCUUGUCCUUAGACCAUGUAAAUCUUGAGAGGUCACUUCCCGCAAUGUUGGCUGUGUGGAGAACUUUGUGUGUCGGAUCUCGGGUCGUGCGCCCCGAGCUGAGCCGGACGGUAUGUACGGGGCAGGGGAGUCUGAAGGACCAGGACCCCGAGGUGCGAGCCAUCCUGGACAAGGAGAAGCACCGACAGACACAUGGCCUGGAGCUCAUAGCAUCCGAGAACUUUGCCAGCCGGGCGGUCCUGGAGGCCCUGGGGUCGUGUCUCACCAACAAGUACUCUGAAGGCUACCCUGGUGCCAGGUACUAUGGAGGAAAUAUUUUCAUUGACGAGGUUGAAACUCUGUGCCAGAAGAGGGCGCUGGAAGCUUUCCGUCUUGACCCCGAGAAGUGGGGUGUGAACGUCCAGCCCUAUUCGGGCAGCCCGGCUAACUUCGCUGUGUUCACCGCGCUGCUGAAGCCACACGACCGGAUCAUGGGCCUCGACCUGCCGGACGGAGGGCACUUGACCCAUGGCUUUAUGACUGAUCUGAAACGAGUGUCUGCAACGUCCAUCUUCUUUGAGUCCAUGCCUUACAAGAUCAAUCCUGUGACCGGCUACAUUGACUAUGAGCAGCUGAGCGUCACCUCCCGACUGUUCCGUCCUCGCCUCAUCAUUGCUGGCACCACUGCAUACUCCCGUCUCCUUGACUACAAGGCAUUCAGAGAGAUCUGCAAUCAGUGCAAAGCCUACAUGUUGGCGGACAUGUCUCACAUAUCUGGACUGGUGGCAGCAGAUGUCAUCCCGAGCCCCUUCGAGUACGCAGAUGUCGUGUCCUCCACGACCCACAAGACACUGAGAGGGCCCAGGUCUGGCAUCAUCUUCUACAGGAAGGGGGUGAAGGGGGUGGACAAGAAGACUGGGAAGGAAAUACUGUGGGACUUGGACAAGCUGAUCAACGGGGCCGUGUUCCCCGCCCUGCAGGGAGGACCGCAUGAACACCAGAUCGCUGGCGUUGCGAUCGCUCUCAAAGAGGCAGCGUCACCAGAGUUCCGUGAAUACCAGACACAGGUGCUGAAGAACGCCAAGGCCAUGAGUGAUGCCCUGGUGAAACAUGGCUACAAAGUUGUCUCAGGGGGCACAGACAAUCACUUGGUCCUGGUUGACCUUCGACCCAAGGGCACAGACGGUGCUCGCAUAGAGCGUGUUCUAGAAAUGUGCUACAUCACUGUCAACAAGAACACCUGUGCUGGGGACAAGAGUGCCAUGACCCCUGGGGGCCUGCGUCUAGGUGCACCAGCCCUCACGACACGAGGCUUCAAGGAGGACGACUUCCGCACCGUCGUUGAUUUCCUUAACAGGGGCGUCCACAUCGGACUGGAGGUUCAGAACCAGACAAAAAAGUUGAAGGACUUUAAGGAAUUUCUAGUAGAGGAUUCUGCCACAGUAGAGAAGAUGAGAACCCUCAAGGCGGAGGUGAACGACUUUGCCAAGACAUUUCCAAUGCCCGGGUUUGAUGACCGAUAACUGGCGCAGGGAUAGAAUGCCACUUCCAGGAAGUCCAUCAACGUCCGAGCAUCAGGAAAACCUAGGUGUUGAGGACGUUUGUCUUGCGACACUCAUCUUGCUGCGAAUCUCUAUUUUUGUACACUUACGACGGUGAUAAUGCUUUAAUAUAUUUCUUAUUGUAGUUUUGGUUUCAUGUAAACAACUGACAGAAUCACACAUUAUAUCAAUCAAAACCUGGCGCGAACUGAUUACUUAUUAAUUGCUCCUUGAAGCAAGAAAGGUGAUAAGACGAGAGUAAGAUAAAUGACAGAACUUGUCACCAGUUGAUCUGAUAAAAGUCACAAUUUUAUCAACUAUUAUUUAUCUUUGAUAAACUUUAUUGAGUGUAUGCCUGUCAGCUUAUGAGUGUAUGUCUUGUGCCGAUGGAUGUCUCUCAGCACUAUAACUGGUACAAACUACAGCGCUGUGGUUUGUUGCGAUGCUAGUGGAUGGUGUUGAUGUAUUGUAACUUCACACUGCCGGACAGGAGACGUCACUUCACUGUGAUCCUGUGUAGACAGGAUGCUGGUAUUCAAAGGUAGAAGAUUCGUAGAGUAAGUAAAAUGAGGUGGUCGGAAGCCAGCUAAAUGUGAGAAGGACUGGGAUGGAAAUUAUUGCUUACAUGUGGGCCCGCGGCUAGUAGAAAUUACCUCUGGCUAA